AUGCCGUACAUCUCCCCCAAAGGUGCAGUCAAUCGCAGCAUGCCGACUGCAAAACCAAAAGCAGAGCCGGCGUCUUCGUCGGCGACGCAGACCGCUGCCAGUGCGGACAACCUGUACCUGUUGGACGCUCAGGACACUCGACCUCUCGAUCCGAGCGUCGUGGAGGCGCUGAGCCGGUGGAAAGGGUGGAACGCGAAACGGGAAAGAGAAGGCGAGGAUGAAGACAUCGGCCCUCUGGACGAGAGGCCAAGACGUGCGGACGCAACAGCACCAGCCAAGGAUCCCUGCGCACAGAAGAACGUCGCCGCGAUCGAGCUCAAAGAGCUUGUGGCCGCGGUUUGA